AUGCUGCGCAAGCUGAUCCGCAAGGGCGAGCUUCUCGUCUGCCCUGGCGUCUACGACGGCAUCUCCCUCCGCAUCGCACAGAAAGUUGGUUUCGACGCCCACUACAUGACCGGCUACGGCACCGUCGCCUCGCACCUCGGCCUGCCUGACGCCGGCCUCGCUGGCUACGGCGAGAUGGUGGAUCGCGUCCGCACGCUCAGCCGCAUCUCGACUGCUCCGCUCAUCUGCGACGGCGACACCGGCUACGGAGGCCUAUCGCUCGAGAUUGCUAGAGGACCAGGAGGCACACACGCCGCCAGGCAGCAGCGUCUCUUCACAGCGCGUAGCUGUGAGCAGGAGUUCCCGAAGAAGUGCGGCCACACGCCGGGCAGGAGAGCGGUGCCGCUGCCCUGUUCACAGCUACGCGCUGUGAAGAGACACUGUUCACGCGCCCGGCAGGGGAGCGGUGCCCCUUCACAGCUCCUGUUCACAGCGGCACGCCAUUUAGCUCCCGAGGAGGAGACCGCCAUGUGUUUCUUUUUUGUAGGCGCGGACAUCCUCUUUGUCGAGUCUCCCGAGACGGAGGCGGAGAUGGAGCGCAUCGGCGAAGCACUGGCCGGCGUGCCGCCGCUGCGCCUCCCGCUCCUGGUCAACGUCGUCGAGGGCGGCAAGACGCCGGUGCUGAGUCGGCAGCGGUACGUGGAGCUCGGCUACCAAGUCGCCAUCUUUCCGGCGACGGCCUUCCUCGCUGCGGGGAGAGGCAUCGAGUCUGUCUAUUCGCACCUCAAGGCGACGGGGUCGUCGGCGGGCGCUGAGGGCGAGCUGGCCGACUUCAUGGACUUCUCGAGGACGUUGGGCUUCGAGCGCGUUUGGGAGUUUGACAGGGCGCACGCCGAUGUCACGGCGAGCGAUAGUUCCCUUCCUUUGUGGGACGACCUGGAGCGGCGCUGGAAGCUGACGCGCGACGCGCUGGCCGUGUACAAGGAGCUGCACGGCGACCUGGAGCUGCCCACGGCAUUCGUGGUGCCGUCGGAGGCGCCGUGGCCCGCAGAGGCGUGGGGGCUGAAGCUCGGGAGCAGGGUGCAGAACAUCCGCAGCAAGGAGAUCUUCGUCAAGGACGCGCCGGAGCGGCGCGCGGAGCUGGACGCGAUGGGCUUCGUGUGGGACGAGCCGGAGCGGCGCUGGGAGCUGACGCGCGACGCGCUGGCCGUGUACAAGGAGCUGCACGGCGACUUGCAGGUGACCAGGGCGUUCGUGGUGCCGUCGGAGGCGCCGUGGCCCGCAGAAGCGUGGGGGCUGAAACUUGGGUGCAGGGUGAACAACAUCCGCCACAAAGAGCACUUCAUCAAGGACGAGCCGGAGCGGCGCGUGGAGCUGGACGCGAUGGGUUUCCGCUGGAUUAAAUGAACAUGAACACAAAGGUCACAAACGCAACGGCAACACACAGUGUCGAUCACCUCACAACUCCGAUGCUGAGCGCUGCGCGGGCCACGGGCCGGGCGCUGUGCGUGGGCGGGGUGCCGCUUGUUGUUAUGGGGCGCGGCGCUACCUGGCACCUGCGCUGGUUUCGGCGUUGGGCGACUACAAUGUACAUCAUGGCCAUGUGCGCGUGCCGAAGAGCUUCGUCGUGCCGGAUGAGGAGGGCUGGGCGGCGGUGGCCCGGGGGCUGAAGCUGGGCAUCCAGGUGAGCGAGCGUUGUUCUCCGUUACAGUAUGUGCAGCAUGCCACAUUUUCGCGCUCUCGAGUAGAGGUAAGGUAAGGUAAGGUAAACGUCUAAGGUAAGGUAA